GUGAUCUGCACCAAACAGAUUUUCACUUAUGUUCUGUCAUUAAACACCGAAGGAUAUCAGCCGUGCCCUGUCUCCAAAACAUCCACCACAGGCUCUUCCGAAUAAGUGUUGGCCAGUCUAGGUGCCGAUCAUAGUGAGAUGGUCUUUAUCAUGCUUUCAUAUGUGUAGAUCCGUCUGAAACAAUACUGAAACAUUUGUUCUGAAACAUUACAGCCGUUUCUUCGAAGGGCAGAAACCCCGGACACAUUCGAUUUCGUGAAGCGUCAACACCAAGGUUAAGUUAUUACAUUGAACGUUUUGGCUGUAAGGAGUGGACUGUCAUCAAAUACCACAGCGGCAGUGAAUCGCCAGAGAAUCAAAGACAUUUUAACCAGUUUGAAGACGAACGGGAUGCAAUUUGUUUAAAUUAGAUACAGAAACGGCGGAGAUUAAUAACAUUGGACGGUCUUCAGAAACUAAUUUUCCGUUAAUCGUAUUCCGAUUGUGAAUUUUGACGCCCAACGUAUUCUGCUUCGAUCGUCUUCCCAUUGUCUUAACUUAUCAAUUUUGAGGCAAAGUCAGCACCACGGAGAACAUUUGCAAGAUUUUUAUUAAACGCGGUCGUCUUCUCGUUAAUCAACGAUAGUUUUAUAUCAAUUGCUCUUACUGACUAGAAGUGUCAAAAUAAAACGCACCCCUCGCCCUGCGUGGCGCGACCAAAUGAAGCCAGCGAAGACUUUAUUGAGCAAUAAUGGCCGCCAAGAGGGAAGAUAUUUGGCGUGAGUGACACGACAGAGUUGAAACGAAUAUGAGUUACUACUACGGAGACAAUUUACUGACGUCAGUUGAAGGUCCUCGCGAGACCUCUCCGGCCGUAUACACGGAGAUCUACCCCUACGCUGCUGCCAUGAUUCCUACAAGGAGUGAACAGUUGUCCGUCAAUGGCUACUCUCCAGUCCACACCACGUACCCCCUGGUGCCCCAGGCGUACGUAUGGACUGACCACAGUCUUGUUGUCCAGAACCCGGGUCUCGCUGCCCAGCACUCACAAAUCAACCCCGGUUCUCGUUUUAUACAAGAAAACGACGGAAGUGAUCUGGACGUACGUUCAAGAAAACGUCGUUUACCGACCGUCGCUCAACGCCGAGCGGCCAACGUACGGGAACGACGCCGGAUGUUUAACCUCAACGAAGCCUUUGAUUCUCUGAGGAGACGAGUUCCGACUUUUGCUUACGAGAAGCGUCUAUCAAGGAUUGAAACGCUACGUCUUGCUAUAGCCUACAUAGCUUUUAUGACAGAGAUCGUAAACGGGAAGAGCCCGGAUGAUAUUAAAUUGAAUAUCUACAGGAAUCAAACGGUUAGCGAUUAUGGGCGAAGGCAACCGCCCUCAGCGAUUUGUCAGCAGGAAUCGGGUUUCAGCCUCGAUUCGACUGGCGAGUCUAACGUUGAUGAGGGCAAUGCCAACAACGACGAGGAAGUAUUCAGUGAAUAUGAAUCAAACGGGGACGAAUAGAAAUAUAGAACUACUAAUUCUUAGUUACGAGUGUGGUUUGUAAAAUGUAAACGUAUUGGGAUUGUGACGAACAACUCACGGCGUGCGUCAUUUGAAAAGUUUGAAAAUUGAAUAUGAAAUCAAUGAUAUCAGCUGAGAAGACGACAAAUAGUAAUUGUAUCUGUGAUCAUUGAGUAAGACGUUGAGAUGUCACAACUAUUCCUUGGAUGCAAAGAGGAAGGAUACUUUGAACUGCUCUCAGAGUUCUAAAAUAAGCUUUCCGAAACAGUGACAACAACACAGCUCACCUUUAUGUGGCAAUGUGCAUAACGGUUUUUCAGCAUUAAAAUGUGUUUGCGUGUUCCGGAUAACUUUCAGUCAGCAUUGCAUUCAUACACGUUGGAUUAUCGUUGACAUUUAUUUUCCGUUACAUUCUUGGAGCAUAUUUACUGGGAACGAUUUGCGGAUUACAGACGUUUUUUGUCAUCUUGAAAAGGAAGUACAGUUUUAGUGCCAUCUUAUUCAAUUUUCUUUCUAUUUUAUUCAUUUGGUGUGUUGAUGACAUAGGUUUGUUAAUGUUAUGAUAUCAACAUUAUAAUCAUGUCGUUUUGAACAAUCAAAGAUUUAUUUUAAAUGUGUCGUUCACGUUUUAAAAUAAGUCUUUAUAUUUGAACGAAAGAACAACAAUUUUUUCCGGUUCUAAUUGUGCAUUUAUUAAAUAUAAUUAAGUAAAAAUAAUGCUCAUUAUUUGUACUAGAUUAUCCCUCAAAUGCAUUUCAAUCAAAAAUUUAGAUUUCUAUUUCUUAUGAAAUAAAUGUAACAUAUUUUUCUUUCAAAUCUUUUCGGUAUUUCAUGUACGGUAUUUUACUAUGUUAGCAUAUGGUUUGUUUGUGUUUGCAAACGAUUGGCAAUAAAUUAUUAAUGGUUA